AUGAUGCACCAAAACCAUAAUUCCAGUUCAAGUAUUGUAUGGUUGAAUCUAACGACUAACGAAACGAAUUUAGAUAUAAAUAAUACACUUCAUCAACUUCAGCAUGUUGCUGGUUCAUUCAAAAUUUUUAAUGAUGCAAACGAGUGUAUUGAUUUUAUAACCAAUGUGAUAGAUCAAGAAGUGUCUUUGAUUAUAUGUAAUUCGCAGAGUGAAACAUUCAUAUCAAUAAUUGAAGAUAUUCCUCAACUUCAUUCAAUCUAUAUUUUUGAUCAACAUCAACCACAAAGUCAGGCGUGGUCACAUAGAUAUAAAAAAUUGCGAGGGGUGUUUACUCAACCUGAUACUAUUAUCGACGCACUGAAACAAAAUAUUUCUAAUCAACUGAAUGAUUUACCACCAUUUAGUAUCGUUUCUACCACAUCAUCAUACUCCGAUCUUGAUCAACUAGAUCAGUCAUUCAUGUAUACACAACUACUUAAAGAAACUAUUCUCGAUAUCGAACAUGAUGACAAUGCGAAAAAAGCAUUUAUAGAUUUCUGUCUCACUCGUCUUGUUGAAAAUGAUCUACGAUUGGAACCUUUACAUCAAUUUGAGAAAAACUAUGAUAAUCAUUCACCCAUAUGGUGGUACACAAAGGAAUCAUUUGUAUAUUCCAUACUCAACAAAGCACUUCGAACUCAAGAUACAGAAAUGAUGAUAAAAAUGGCUUUUUUUCUUCGAGAUCUUCAUGAAGAAAUUAAGUAUAAGCAUUCACAAACAUCUCAUACGACAAACCUUACUGUUUAUCGUGGACAAGGAAUGAACAUUGCUGAUGUCGAAAAACUACGAAAUAACAAAGGUGGUCUUUUCUCAUUUAAUAGCUUCUUAUCUACAAGCACUGAUCAACAAGUAUCAUUGAUGUUCGCCGAUAGUGCUCGUGAGAAUCCUGAUUUAAUUGGUAUUCUAUUUCGAAUGACUAUUAAUCCAUCAAUAUCUUCCACACCAUACGUAUCAGUCAGCGACAUAACUCAGUUCAAUGAUGAAGAAGAAAUACUGUUUUCCAUGCAUACUAUUUUUCGAAUAGGUGAAAUGACUGAGAUAGAUGAUCGUUUAUGGGAAGUUAAUCUAAUAUUAACUAGUGAUACUGAUCCACAAUUGAAAUGUCUAACUGAUUACAUCAGACAGGAAAUGAUACCAGUACCUGGAUGGUUUCGUAUGGGUCUCCUCAUGCAGAAGAUGGGUGAAUUCGAGAAAGCACUUGAAAUUUUUACUAUGUCACUACAAAUAAAACUUGAUGAUGACUUUGAUUUUGAUGAGUUCUUACGAACUUUGAUUAAUGUACGUAUUGGUGAUGUGCAUGAAUUAAUGGGAACUUAUACAAAUGCAUUAGAUCACUUUGAUAAAGCACUCGAGUCUGUUAAGAUCGUUCUUCCAUCUAAUAAUCCAAUUUUUGGCUCAAUCUUUAGUGGCAUCGCUAAAGUAUAUUUGUCAACGGGUAAUUAUGUCAUGUCAUUGUCAUAUUAUGAGAAAGCUCUUCAAAUCUGGGAGAAAUCUCUUCUAGCUACCUAUCCAUAUUUAGGUACGGGCUACAACAAUAUCGGUAUGCUGUAUCAAUCAAUGGGUAACUAUGUCACGGCAUUGUCCUAUUAUGAGAAAGGACUUGAAAUCAUAGAGAAAUCUGUUCCACCUACUCAUCCAGACUUGGCUUUGAAUUACAACAAUAUUGCUGGAGUGCAUCAAUCAAUGGGUAAUUAUGUCAUAGCAUUGUCCUAUUAUGAGAAAGGGCUUGAAAUCAUGAAGAAAUCUCUACCAUCUAC